UGUAUUUAUUACUAAAUGAACAUCUGGUGCUCUUACAGUAAAGUACUGCAUAUGAUUAACUGUAAAGUUCAAUUAUAACUCGCCUAAACUAAAUCUGGCAUCUCAACAUCUUGUAUCCUAUUUGUUCUUCAAAGUCUUUCUGGGAGCAUUAGGUGUAUUUGUAAAUAUCUUAAUGUUGCCCCAUUUUUGCUCUGUAUCUCAUUUUAAUUCAUUUGUUUGCAGAGAUGAACCUGGAUGAAGACGGUGGUCUGUCGGGCAGUUGCGGCAACGGCAAGCUGAGGCAGUGGCUCAUAGAGCAGAUUGACAGCAGGAGAUAUCCUGGCCUGGUUUGGGAAAAUGAGGAAAAAACCAUCUUUAGGAUUCCAUGGAAACAUGCAGGAAAACAGGACUACAACAGAGAGGAGGAUGCUGCACUCUUUAAGGCUUGGGCGUUGUUCAAGGGAAAGUUUAAGGAAGGAGUUGACAAACCUGAYCCCCCCACAUGGAAAACCAGACUACGCUGUGCCCUUAACAAGAGCAACGACUUUGAUGAAAUAGUGGAAAGAAGCCAACUGGACAUCUCAGAGCCGUACAAAGUUUACAGAAUCAUCCCAGAGGGGACCAAAAAGGGUAUGAAGAUGAACCGUGUGGAGGAGACACCGUCUCACCCGCUUGGAUACGUUCCACCAUAUGCGUCACUUCACAACCAGGUACCCAGCUUUGUUGUUUCUCCAGAAAGAAGGGACUGGAGAGAUUACCACGCACCAUCAGAGCAACAUUCUCUUCCUAAUGCAAACCACCAUGGACAACACACAGACCUGCCAUAUGGUCAGUGCCACUACCAGUCGCCAAUCAGCCGAGUCUGGCCCAGUUCGCACACAGAAAAUGGUUUCCAGCUCUCAUUCCACACAUACUUUUCAGAGUCUCAGCCACCAAUGUAUACAAUGGACCACAACAAUGCCAUAUCAGAUUUCAGCCUCCACGUGUCCCUUUACUACAGAGAAACACUGGUGAAGGAAGUCACUGUCACCACUCCAGAAGGUUGUCGGAUUACCUCCACCUCCCCGUCUUCUCCCUCCUCUUCCUCCUCCUCUUCUCCAUGCUCAGAGGACAGAUUCCACAGCGGCGCAGAAGUCGUUCUUUUUCCGUCCCCCUACCCCGAGUCUCAGAGGCAAGGAGCCGAGCUGCUUCCCAACAUCCUGGAGAAAGGGGUGCUCCUGUGGCUGACAGCCGACGGGCUGUAUGCCAAGCGCUUGUGUCAGGGACGGGUGUACUGGGAAGGACCGCUGGCUCCGUAUGUGGACAAGCCCAACAAGCUGGAGAAGGAGCAACCGUGCAAACUGUUUGAUACCCAUCAGUUUCUUGUUGAUCUGCAAGAUUUUGUCCAUAAUGGUCGUCACAUACCACGACACCAGGUGGUCCUUUGCUUUGGAGACGAAUAUCCAGACCCACAACGCCCCAGGAAGCUCAUCACAGCGCAGAUAGAGCCAAUGUUUGCCAAGAAACUGGUCUACUAUUACCAACAGAACACUGGGCACUACCUGAGAGCCUACGAUCACAUUCAGGAACCAAACACCGCUCCCGCUAUUGACUAUCCUCCUCAGAGACCCAUACAGCAUAUUCAGGAGUGAAAAGCAAGCCAAAAAUGCCAACUCGCCACACAAUCUCAUAAGCAGGAAUGGUAUUAAUGUGAAUGUAAAGCUGUGAAUUUGUAUUGUGCCUUAAUAUUGCUACAGCCAUGUGUACUGUAAAUGAUUAAUUUAGGCACUGAGGGGUUGAGAUGGGAAAGACCCUGUAAGAUUUUACAUGCUUGUUGUAUCGGGGACUGGGUAGUAAGAGUUUUUUUUUUUUUUUUUUCUUCUUCAGCAAAUAUUAUUGUGACACUGUGAAGGAUGCGGUUUGAGGGUGGGGGAGAUGAGCGGAGCGGAGGGCAAACUGAGACAGGAAGUACUAGCACAGGUGCACAGGAAGAAUGGCCCCUAAGACAAACAUUGAUACGUCUGUGAGAUAAGCCAGUGUGAAUGAAUACUUUUUUGCAGCCAACAGUAAUUCUUUCUUCUUCUUCUUUUUUUUUUUUUUUUUUUAAACUGGCACUGAGGACAGUUUCUGGUUAUCCACUCUUAAUGCAGCUCAUUUACUUUAUAGUCUACAAUACUUGACAUGCAAAAUAAAGAAAGACGACAAAAGACAUCCUUACAGAAAAAAGAUAACUUACAACAGUGAUUGGUUCUAAGGCAGGUUUUUUUUUUUUGUUGUUGUUUUGUUUUUAUGUGUGAUUAGCACAUCUCUUGUUUAUUUUGGCCUUUUUACUGCUCUGUUCCUUGUGAAAUAUUGUAUAGUUUAACUUCUUCAAGCGUAGUAAUAAAUAUUUUCAAAAACAG